AUGAUAAGGACCUCUGACGUGGUCGACAUCAUUACAAACAUCGACGGAGUUCGCGAUGUCGAAGUACAUCUUACGCAUGAUGAAAUCGUUAUCUACUGUGUGCGACUGGCCAAUGUGCAGCUGGGCAUCGAUGUGAGCGGUCUGGAUUUGAAGGGCGAAUUAAAAGCUUCCGACUUCGACUACCUGGUUGUGGAUGAAAUAAUUGGCGGUUUAACAAACCUUCUGCAUAAAGUGACGAACACGAGGAAUGGGAAUCACGUGGCAGUACGGAUAUUUGGACACAAGACCGAUGAAUUCAUUGACCGUUCUCGCGAGCGUAUAAUCCAAAAUCACCUUUGUCUACAGGGGUUCGCUAAGCACGUGUAUGCUCACUUCGAGGGAGGUCAGAUUGAGGAGUGGCUUCCGGGCGAAGCGGUGUCUGACGCUGAUUUCCACAGCUACAAGUACAGCCAUCUGAUCGCACGGCAACUACACCGGUUGCAUACCUUGCCAGGCCAGCGUGAGCUGUAUCUGCAGCUGCAUCCACACGUCUCGGCGGAUGGAGAAGUGAAAUUCGAAUCCGCGCUGUGGCCAAGCGUCUGGAAGUUUUAUGACCUUUGCAUGGCCAACAUAGGGCAGCUGGAGCCGAUAAUCUCGGGGAAGUUCAGCCUCACUGAACUCAAAGAACACAUCAAAAGAAUGCAAACAUACUGCGACAGUGCAAGGUCACCCGUUGUUUUGUGCCAUGGAGAUCUCUCAAAAGGCAACAUAGUAAUCGAAUCAGAAAAUGUCAUAUUUUUGGAUUAUGAAUAUUCGUGCUUCAUGGAGCGUGGUUUCGACAUUGCAAACCACUUUUCGGAGUUUGCGGCAUACGAUUCUGAUUCGAAAAUGAUGCCGUCUGAGGAUGUACAGCGCGAUUUUAUACGAUUUUACUUAGGUGAAGCUUCUGCAGACGAGCAGAUAGAUGCAUUGUUUAAGGAAAUUCAGCCAUUCCUUAUUAUCCCCAAUAUGUAUUGGGGCCUUUGGGCACUGUUGCAAUGCGUUUACUCUUCCAUACACACGGAUUUUGCUCAUUAUUCUAUUAACAGGAUCGAAAGGUUUUUGACGGACCUUGAAGCGGCCAGUGCUUGA